AUGGCGGUACAUCGGACUACACUUAUAUUAGAUCAGCUCCCUCCGGAGAUCUACCCAGAGAUCGGGUCCAACCUGACCGGCAAGGAACUGGAUGGAGUAACGCGAGCAUCCAAGCGCCUCCGGGCCUUAUUUCUUCCAUCUUUGUUCCAUACCAUCAGAUUCGACCACCUCCAGCCAGGCGUCCGAGACAGUCUGCGUCGCUUCAUCAAUGGGAGGACACCAGAAGAGAUGACCGAAAUCUGGACCGCAGUCCGCUGCGCAUCCUUCCUGUUCCCUUUCCCAGACUCCAUCGAUGACUUUGACUUGGAGGAGAUGCUACCUGCAUCCCAAGAUGCCCUACGCCUUCAAGUGCUACAAGCCGUCCGACUCCUUUCCCAGGUCCGGCGUCUGUCCAUCGACUUGGAACGUUUCGGCGAUGGACAUAUAGAUACAUUCCGAGCCGCACUGCCCAGCGCUCCGAGAUGGGAGCACCUGAAGAGAUUGAGACUCGCUGGGCUGGGCGAAAACCGACGUUUCGCCGCUGCCCUCAUCCACAACUGUUCGCCCGACAAGCUCAUGGCUAUUGACCUGAGCGGAACUCACUCGUUUCUUUUGUCGGUGGAUGCCCAGAGACACUGCAAGAGACUCGAACGCCUACGACUCGAACACCCCUUUCCCCCUUUCAACGCGGACAGUUUCCCGGCGAUGCAGCAUGUGUACGGCAUGUGGGAGAGCUUCCCGCAUGUCAAGUGGCUGUCUAUCGUCGAGAAAAACCACGGCCGAGAAGGCAACGUGGACACUUUCGACCAAUGCUUUCAACAGAUGACAGGGGCCCUGCAACAGAUGCCGAAUCUUCUCCGUUUUGCCUUCACGCUUGACAUCGACCGCUUUCAACCAGAUGAGAUCCGCGAUAGGUUGGGCCUGGAUGAGAACGAUAACGAGGCAUUGACGGACAGCCAGAUGCUAGAGUGGUACACGGGGCAGAUCCAACGCAUCGCAGACGCCGCCCCCCAGCUUCAAGAAGUCUGCCUGUUUGGAAACUUUGGCAAUUCCAUGGGCAUAGACAUCGCUGGAGUUUACCGUGGUACAAAGGUUGAGGAUGGCAAGAGCAUGCGCGUACUUCUCGACGCGGUCCAGCCGGGGGUCGAAUGCUUGACAUUCCCCUGGGGCCUGGAUGACGAUGAGCAUUCUUGA